AUGAGUCAUCGCCGGGAUACCAGAACCGACGUGGUUCACGUCAUACCCACAAACGACCCUCCACCAGAAUCACCGUACAAGAAAACACGCGGGUCUCCCUCUUCCUCCUCCUCCGAGAUUAUAAAACCCUUCUUCAAGACCAAGCUCUGCUGCAACUUCCGCACAGGAAACUGUCCGUACGCUACGAGCAUUUGCCAUUUCGCUCACAGCGUGGAGGAGCUCCGUCUUCCGACGGCGGCUGAGACCCGCGGGGAGUUUAAGAUGCCUGCUGAGAGUGGAAGACCGUACAAGGGAAGGCACUGCAAGUUUUACGGCGGAGAAGGAGGGUGUCCUUACGGAGAAAGAUGUACGUUUCUACACGACGAGGGUUCAAGAGACAGAGAGAGAUUUGCCAUUAGUUUAGGCUCUCGUGGUGGUUGUGGUGCUGGUGAUGUUGUUGCUCUGAAUUGGAAGACAAGGAUGUGCAACAAGUGGGAGAUGAGUGGGUUUUGUCCUUUCGGUACUAACUGCCUCUUUGCUCAUGGAGCUUCUGAGUUGCAUAGGUUUGGUGGGGGACUUGUGGAAGAAGACGGUAAGAUCAGAGCAUCUUCUACUCUUGACACAAAGAAGACAGGACUAGCUGACACAGUGAGUAGCCUUGUUUCUCAUGGAGUUCCUUCCCAACGUGCAUCUAAUGCUGUUACUCAGAAACCCAACGGAGUCAGAGUUCUAAGGAAAUGGAAAGGACCGGAUAAAAUCAGCAGGGUUUAUGGUGAUUGGAUCGAUGAUAUUGAAUAAAGUCACUGCCUUUUAUUACAGUCUGAUUGAUGACAAAGGUAGUUUAGAGUUCUAACUAUGUGAUAUAUUAGCUUCCUCUUCUUGUUGUAGAUUGUGACUUAACAAAGAGCUCAUCUUUUUGUUGUUUGUAUCACAUCUGAUUCUCUUAUGCCAAU